AAUGGAAAUUUAGUAUCGCGCAAUGUCGGACAGUAAUGUUGGUACCGUUGUUCUCUAUAGUUCUUGUUUGAAUUCUCAUAUGGCGGUAUAAAGUCGUGAAUUUAUAAUUCAGUAUUGUGACUUAUUAUAAAUAUAUGUCGAAGAUCUUUAAUUAUUUUUGAAUUAAAAUUGCUCGGUACUCUCACUCGUCGUUUACAUUUAAUUUUAUUUAAUUUAUAUGGUGCCUCAUUAUUAUGAAUUACAAUGUCUGAAGAUAAUAAAUUAUUUGCAAAACCUAGAGUGAGAUUUAGUCAGACAAUUAAUGCUAAGGAAAAUUCAAAAGAUUUAUCGGAUAAGGGAGAUAAAAUUUUACCCGCAAUCAUAGAUAUUGUACCUGUCAAGAUACCUGUUAAAGUUCUAAGUUUAGAAAAUAAGGUGGAUAAUCUAAUCGCAACAAGUACUCAUUAUAAUGACGAUACAAUAUCGAAAGAAUCGAUAAUUUCAUGCAACGGUGUACAGACAUCGUCUCAGAAAGAAAAUGAUCGUUUCUUACAGGAUCGAUCAAUCCAUAAGACAGAUGAUAAAGAAUCUUUAACCGAUGUACAUGAUAAAGUAAAUCUAAAAGCUAAUAAUACAGAACGGACUUCUUGUAAAAGAUCGUCACAAGAGGAUGUUCCUGGUAUACCUUGCUCAACAUUUCCAGCAGCUAAAAAUAAUAAGGAUCAUUGUAAAAUUCUUAAACCUAAAAACAGUACAACAAUAAAUAUUUCUAAGCAGUCUGCAAAGAAUAGUCUUGACAAGGGAAAAGAAAAUAAGAAUUCGUAUAAAAAAAAAUUACCACAGUUAAGUAAAGAUAAAGUCGUAAAACCUUUGUGUUCAACAGCGACAACUCAAAUAAAAAAGAAAACAGAUACUACCAAAGUCAAUAUGCAAAAGUCAAAUGUUACAAAACAUAAUACUAAAAGUAUAAAUAAACCUUACACCUUGGGUAUUGAGAAACAAAUUAAAAAAACCCCUACAUCUACUAAAACUUCACAAAAGAAUUUAAGUAUAAAAUCCAGUACAAUAAAUGUUAUGCCAUGUUAUAAGUAUAAUAAAAAUUUGACAAAAAGUAAAAGCUCCCCUGUUAAAAAAUCCGUAGUACGCGAUAUUGUAGUACCUAAUGCAAAAGCUUAUGUAGAACCAGGUAUACCAAAGCAGAAACAAAUUGAUUUGAAUGUAUGUCGAAUAAAUAAAAGUACAAAUGCAAGACCAAAUAUUACUUCCAGCGAUAAAUUAUUAUAUCCAGAAUAUAAUUCAAUCAUGUGCACUGUUACCAAGUUGGAUGAAGUUAAGAAAGAGAAAAUAGUAACAGAUGUUGAACAUUUACCUGCCAUAUAUAAAGAUCUAGUCAAUGGAAAGAUUUCAAGUGCAUUAGAUUUUCCUAUGAACGAAGCUAUUUAUAAAAAUUUAGUAGAUUUGUCUAUUGACGAGAAACAAUUUCCAAGUAAAAUAAUGCGAAGUAAAGAUCCACAACCAAGGCAAAGGGAUCUUGUACCAAAAUUAUCAGAUUUUUUUGUCCCAGAAUUUGUUGAUGAAUAUUAUACUCCGAUGUUUGUGAAAUCAAAAAAUUCUGACCUUAUAGAAAAUUGGAAUGCUUUUCGAAUUAGUGAUAAAAUAUGUGAGUGGAAGGAUAGCAUGGAUAAUUAAUCAUGAGAAUCAAGUUUUUAUAAAGAAAUACACAUAUAUCAAGAAUAAUAUUCUGGUACUUAGUUUUUUUCCAGUAGAAUAAUUUAUAGCAUUUAAAUAAGCAAUCAUUAUUUUAUAUGCAAUGUAUGAUAAUUUUUAUAUUUUUUACUUUGACAUUUAGAUUAAGCAGCACCUAUUUUGGGUACAGAUAAAUAAUUUUGCUAAAUAAAAUAUAUAUUUUAAUAAUAAUUAUUUUCUAAGUCAUAUACAUAAAUAUUAUAUGGCGCAUGUAUGUGUAUGUGUUUGUAUCUAUAAAUGUAUACUAGAGUAAAAAAGUUUAUAUUUCGAUAUAUAUAUAUACAGUGAAAUAAUAUUAAUGCAUAUAAGUAUAAUUCAUGCAUGAUAAUAGAUCAUUGUAUCCAUUUAAUUGCUACAUUCUCAAACGAAAUGUGAGUAUGGAUAUUUGAAUAUUUUUCGAUAUUUAAAUAUUACAUUUAAAAUUAUAAUUAAAAAUUGCCUUUACGAUUAA